AUGUGCAGUGCGCAUAAACAUGUUUGUCAGGUUUCUGCAACGGCAGGUUUCUGUACUCGUUUGGUGUAUGUAAAUUGUUGGUCUAAAGAGUAAAUAAGAAUAGUCCUAAAUAUAUUAGCUUUUGUUGUGGUUUUGGAGAUCUCUAAACUUCUGUGCAAUUUUUGGUAAAGUUUUUGACCAGAUACUUGAGGUAAACCAUUUGUAUGGACCGCAAUCAAAUAACUGGCGAUCCUAACCACAAAAGUCCUCUUUCUGUUUUUGGUUUCGAUUCUUAUCCCGGACCCAGCAACCUUCCGCAGGGGAAUACACAAUUGCCCCCUAAUUUUCGCAAUGCGAACGUUCCGUUUAGCAAUUUAUCGUUUCCGCAAGUUCCUAUCCAGCCCAUUCAACCAUCUAGUUUUCCACAGGUGCCUGACACAUUUUCCUUUGGUUCUCAGAGGCACAACGAACAAGUAGUUCAAUUUCCAUUCGAAAUUAUUGAUCAUGGUUUUGGUAACAGGACUUUCACAAAUACACUUCGUGGCAAACGAAAGACUGACUCGCCCCCGUUACAACCCAACAAACAACACAUAACGGAAGAAAAAAUGGCUGAACACCUUUCAAAGCUUCACAUAAGUUCAGAAACUCCCCCUUCCCACUUGGAACCUGAAUCAGUAAAACACAAAAGACUCUAUAUGUGCGAGGAGAUGAGAAAACUUCAGGCAGAUCCUAUCAUACCACCUUGUCUUAUGUCUCAGCUACAGCGACCUUGCAUGGCCUUGGUUUUGUGGCAGCCACCUAGUAGAUUAUUGCCAAUUUCAGAUGAUAAUAGUCAGUCAAGUGAAUGGGAAUUAAAUAGAAAAGAAGGUGAUUCAAACAGUGUCUGUGAUGUGGAUCAGUUAGAUGUAGACAUCCCCUCAGGGAAUGUCAUGGAAAUGGAUCUUUAACCUUUUCCUAUAUGACUUUUAAGGUAGACCCAAGACUGAUUGUUCUAACAAAGUUUUUUUUUAUGUAACAAUUUAUAAGUAAAUUUUUAUGAGUGUCAUUGUUGGGACUCCUCGACAAAAAUGCCAACUAAAUAAUUGCAUCAAAGCUUCUCAUUUAUUUAAAUAUUUGUAAAUAUUUUAUAGCGCGAAAUUCAAAAUUGUUUCAAAAUGUUCCCUAUUCUUGAUAAAGUAAUUUAUUCACAUAUAUUUUGGUUACAUCUUUAUUAGUUCUACUGAUAAACUGAUAAAUUAACAUAUGUAUUAUAUGCCUUCUUUAUUAAAUUCCUUCAUAAUUUGUGAUUUUUAUAUUUUUCCUUUUUUAAAUGGUCCUCUAGUGAGUAGCCAAAAUAUUUUGUUUGUGAUAAUUUCAUAUACCAGAUUUAUGUAGGACUCAGUUAGCUCAUGUGGGAAGAAGUGGAUCAAUUGGUAAAGCAAUGUUGCAAAUUUAUUGUUAAGCCUUUCAGCAGAAAUCGCGCAUUUCAGGAAACAUCAAAUGAAAAUGCCACUAUCCACAUCACUGUGUUUUCCCAUUUGUGAACGUUUGUCUUGAAAUAUAAUUUUUAGUGCUUUUUAGUUAUCUGGGUUUUUGAAAUAAAUA